AUGCCAGCUGUUGAAGUGCCGCUCUCCGACCCCGCUUCACCGGCGUCUGAAAUGGAUCAAUUAAUGGAUGGAUUAAUAACUCCAGCAAUGUUAAAGGAAGAGGAAAAACUUGAGAAAGCAGCUCAAGUUGAGGAGCGAAAAAUUAUGGAAAAGGCUCAGAUGUCUUGGGAAAGAGACUCUAAUGAAAUGCGGUAUAAAAGGCUCCAGCAUUUGCUUGAGAAAAGUAACAUUUAUUCCAAGUUCCUUUUAACUAAAAUGGAACAGCAACAGCUGGAGGAGAUUAAAAGGAAAGAAAAACAUGAAAAGAAAAAGCAGAAAACCACA